AUGACUGAUGCUUCGUUCCCCCCAUCCAGUGGUGGAGCUUCUCGACGAGUACCUCCAACAACCACCACCUCACCCUCCACCACGACCCCGACGCCACUCUCCUCCCUGCCUCGCCGCUCCUCCUACGCCUCUGUGCUCUCCGGCACUGCUGCCUUUGCCAGUACUAGCAAUAAUCACAACCCAUCCACCUCCUCCUCCGCCGCCGCCUCCACUUCCACCUCCUACCCGCCGCCGCCGCUGUACUCUGACGGCCGCCUCCGCAGCAGGCCUUCCUCCGGUCUGGAUGCAGAAAUGACGAUGAACCCUUCCUCGUCAUCGGCCGCACAGCCGGGCUGGAGGUCCUCGGUGGCCUCGCUGCCAGCCUAUUCUCGCAAGUUCGCCGGUGUCCCCCGCUACGAUCCCUACGGCGGCUUUCUUCGUCAUGAUGCUACCGCUGCAGCCGCAGCCGCAGCCGCAGCUGCUGCUGCAGCCGCCGCCGAGGCCUUCUUCAUCCCCUCAUACCUCCGAAAUUCUCGAUACAUCGCUCGUCUGGAGGCGGCCCAUCGGGCCAAGAUCGCUGCCCAGCGUGAUGUCUCCGCCGCUGCUGCCGCCGCCGCCGCCUCGGCCAACGCCACGACGAAUAACCCGUCGUCUCUGUCUGCCUCCUCGAGCCACGUCAAUCUACAUCGCAUGGCGCCGUCGCACCGCGGCAUGACCUACGAUAUCAUCGAAAAGGAGCCGCCGCUAGCCAGCAGCAGUGGCGGCGGCGAUGAUGAUGAUGAUACCGCCGUAGAGCGGUUGAAACCGCUCCCCUCGCGCUGGAACGAGGCGGACAAGUAUGCCGCCCUCGAACUGCCAAACAGCGGGCUUGAGGUCCGCUACACGGGACCUGUUAACAAGCACGAGCAUGAGGCGGCUGCAGUGCGAGCAGACCACCCCAUGCCUCCGCAGUGCGGGAUAUAUUACUUUGAAAUCACGAUUCUCUCGAAACCGAAAGAGGGUAUGAUCGGAAUCGGCUUUUCCAGCAACAAGGCAUCCGUUGAGCGACUGCCCGGGUGGGAGCACGAGUCGUGGGCAUAUCACGGGGAUGAUGGCAAGUCAUUCUUUGGCGAGAGCCAGGGUCAGAGCCGGCCGUAUGGGCCGACCUUUGGCGUGAACGAUACGGUCGGCUGUGGCGUGAAUUUCUCAACGGGGACGGCAUUUUUCACCAAGAACGGUGGUUUCUUAGGAAAUGCUUUUCGAGAACUAAAAAAUAUCGAUCUCUAUCCCUCGGUCGGAAUGAAGAAACAGCCGAACGUGCAUUUGAUGGUCAACUUCGGACAGAAGCCCUUUGUUUUCGAUAUCGAUGGCAUGGUUCGGCGAGAGAAGCGAGCCAUAUAUUCCCAGAUCAGCGCAACCCCCACCGCGAACUUACAACCGCCUCUAGACGAGAGCGCCUUACUUCAAGAACUCGUAGCCCAGUUCCUGGCGCACGAUGGCUAUGUCGACACGGCGCGAGCCUUUGCGGAGGAGGUAGGCGCCGAGUCGGCUGCUUUGCAACAGAGUCGCGCCGAGCCACUCAAGAAGUACGAGGUUAAGGAGGAUGUUGAGGCAAUCAACCGGCAGAAGAUUCGAGCCGCCAUUGUAGAUGGUGAUAUCGACAAAGCCCUUAAAUAUACCAACGCCUACUAUCCAAACGUUCUGCAUGAAAACCCGCACAUCUACUUCAAGCUCCGCUGCCGUAAGUUCCUCGAGAUGAUACGGCAGUGUAACGAGUUGUCCGCCGCCACAGCCACCAAACGCGGCAAGCUUUCUGCUGCCAACAACGGCGCGGUCUCUGAUGACAACGGUGUCUUCGAAGAGAUGGAGCUUGAUGACCAGCAGAUGCACGACGGUUGGGACGCGGACGAACGCAUGGACACUGAAGAGCAACCCGAGACCGCACAGUUCCACGACCUGCUGACCGAGGCGGUGCAGUAUGGGCAACAGCUGCGUAUGGACUUCCCCGCCGGCGGAGACAAGAAGCUGCUGGACGACAUCUUCUCGCUGGUCGCUUAUCCCGACCCUCGACGAUCCGUCCAUGGGCACCAUCUCAACCCGGCAGGACGGGUGACUGUUGCAGAGGAGCUGAACUCGGCCAUCUUAGUCUCGCUUGGAAAAUCUUCUUCCGCGGCGCUGGAACGGCUAUACCAACAGACCGAGGUACUGGUUAACGAGAUCAGCGAAGGCGGUGGCGCAGGGGCGUUUAUCAAUAUCAUUCCCACCCACUCGUCCACCGCUCCAGCGCUGCGCUGCUGCUGUGGCCGGAAUGACUGUGCAUUCCUCGACCAUAAUAACGCCGCUCUCACCGGGGUCGAGAAGGACCUUGCUAUGGCCGCGCGUUUAGGUCAGGCUCUGCUCCAUCGCCAUGAGUCCUAUAUGGCCGAGGCGGAAAAGGACCGCGCCAAUUUCCUCGCCAGCAUAGACAGCCUUGAGCAAGAGCGCCGCCAGGUGCAGGCGGAGAACGCCCGAAUUGUCGAGGAGAACCGCAGCCUGCUGGAGCGGCUCGAGGGGCUGAAUAGCGCCGUCGCCUCGUCUGAUGCGCAGGUUCGCGCCCUCACUAUCCGCCUGGAGAGCGCCCAGGCCGAGAUUGCCCAGCUCGCCGUCUCGGCCAACCGUGCGGCGCAGCUCGAGGCCCAGCUGGGCGCCAUGGAGGCUGAACAGACUCGUCUCCAGGAGUGUCUGCAGUCCGUCCAGAACGGGGAGCGCUCCGCCGUCCAGCGCUGGAAGAAGGCCGAGUGCACCCUGCGCGACCUGCAUGAUCAGGUCGAUCGUAUCGAGCGAGAGGCCCGCGAGGAGAAGGAGCGCCACGCCGAGCUUGUCCAGAGGAUGGAGCGUCGCCGAGCGGUCGAACGCGAGCUUGAUGGCGCCAACGGCCGGUUGAAGAGCGCUGCAUCGCCCUCGGACCUAGCCCGGAAUCCUCCCGCCGGCACCGCAGUUGUCUCGCGCUUUGUGCGGGAUAUUCUACAGGAUAAUGCUACCUUGCAGAUGGGCAUCAUCGAGUUGCGCGAGAUGCUUGAGAGCUCCAACCAGGAGGUACAAAGUCUGCGCGAACAGAUUCUGUCACACCAGCCGUUGACUACUACUACGCUGGACCAAGCGGCUGAUGACGAACAUGACGGGGGCACCCCUCGGCUACCAUCAACUACCCUUGACGAAGAAUUGCAAGACAAGAUGUCGUUGUCGGCGCGACGCAUCUCGCAAGAGUUCCACAUCCACCAUCACUACCACACGCCCAGCUCCUCUGUCAGCUCGACUAAAGACAAGAAGAUUACCACGCCGCACCGCCGGGGACGGAAGAGGCGUUCGCUCUUAUUAGGCAGCAGCAACAGCAACCGGCCAGCAAUGCAUUUCCCUCGCUCCUCCGUCUCCUCGGCAUCUACCAUUCUAUCUCAAACCUCCGCCUCGAUCCCCCCAGAUUCCUCUUCCCUCGCCAGUUCACCCCAGUCGGGGUACCGGUCCUCUCUUAUUUUCGACCGCCCAGACCAUGGAUUCGACUCCUCACAGCCUACAAGUCCGGAAAGCGCUGUCUUUAGCUCCCCGCUGGCGGAAUACACACCACGGCGAAGACGCAAAAGCUCCUUCGGUGGACCCUUCCGGUCGUUUGAUGUCGAUGCUCCGGAUUUUAACGAUGCCUCCGAUGGUCUUGGGCUGCAGGAUGCCACCAUCCCAGAAGAAAGUGAAGAUUCAACUGGCAGUAGCGGGGUCGUGGCCUUCCGCCCGUUGCACCGCCGUUCGACAUCUCACGACAGCCUCUUCUCCAUCGCAGGAAUGGACAUCCACACCCACACCCCGACCCGUCUUCAUCAUCCCCCGGCCCGAAUUGGUGUGAGCGGUGGUUCCUAUCGCCCACCUACUCGUAUCGUCGCACCCAGCGUCGGCUUGCUUUCCACCCCACCCAUCAUCUCCACCACCACCAUCAUGGCAGAUAAGGGUUCUCUGCCCCGCAUCCCUGAACAGUCUUCCAAGCUCCUUUUGGCCUCCGUUGCUGCCAGCACCAGCAGCAGCAGCAGCAGUAACGGCGGCGGCAACAGUGUCCCCACCGAUGCCGCAUCAGUGACUUCACACGAGACGGCCAGCACCGAUUCCACCAUCCCCUCGAAGAAAUCCACGCUCGGUCGUCGUAUGGGCGGCUGGGUGUUGGGAAAGUGGGGGGUGGCUCCCUCCCCCUCCGAACAAGAGCUGAAGGAUACCGCUGAAUCCUUAACACCCGCGCCCAGCAAUCAAGACCCAGACAAAUCUAAACCAGAGCUACCUGCAUUCUUCAGAUUCAGAUCCCCCGGCGUGAACCAGUCAGGCCCGAUUUUCGGGCUCCGGCCACCGCCUCGGGCCCCGAUCGUCAUCCACGCAGAGGGGAUCGAUGAGAGUCUCCUCCGCGAGAGUCUAGCCGAGUAG